AUGGAGCGAUUUUUGGUGAAGUCCGACGGUGCAGCAUCCGAGAAAACUGCUAUGUUGGAUGGUGCCAGUGAGGCUGCUGAGUCCGUGCAACUCCCGAGUACGGUGACAGGCACAAGUGAAAAUGGAAGUGCUGUGCCGAUGAUGAUCACUGCAGAUGACAACCCGAUCACGGCGCAGACCGACCUCUUCCUAGCGAACCUCCUGGCCGAUGUCAAGCCGUAUGGUGGAGUAAGGCAAUACCUUCAGUCUCAUUUGAAUACCCAGAUGGCCCAAUGUGCUUUCGCAAAGUACAUCCAAGAACAGCUGCCCGACAACUCCCCGACUGCCCAAUGCGAAGGCCCUUGGCCGGCAUAUCCACCCGACUGCGACGCCCCGGUCUUCAAACUGGACAUAUGGAAGUUUGCUUUCUCGAAUGACGGCAGCCUUCGUGAGCCACCAACUCUACAGAUGUCUGUGUCAUUGUGGCAGCGAAUCGUCGCGGAAGGAUUCCUCACCAAACAGGAGCCCCUCAUGGUUCACAUGGAGAACCCUUCAUCGGAUGAAAAUUUGGCCAACUUCAGUGUGGGACACACGAAAAGCCAGGGACGCACCCUGACCUUGCUCGCCUUUUUGUGGUUCUUCAACCUUGGUGCUUCGAACCGUGGUGCCAUCCGAAAGGCGCCAUCAGCGCUAUCCUUCGUGUAUGGGCUGCGCAGCUUGAACACAUCGAGCCCGGAAGACAUUCUUCGUUCAUGGAACUCCACAUGCCCGAAGUGUGAUCAGAUAACCGGACGGAAAUCCAUGGUGGUGCAGCUGCUCCUCAAUUUGAAGAAGGGCCUGCUGGAGAAGCUGCAGACGUGUGUGUCCCUUUUCGGGUGGGAGCAGUGCCCAUUCUCGGAUGAUUCCCUGUCCUCCCGGAAGAUAUAUCCAGGAGGCAGCUUCCGCACCAGCAAGGUUGCGAAAACCUCUGCCUGGUUUAGCCGCUUGCAGGUGACGGAGGAUUCAUACGAGCUCUUUGUCGACCUGGUGACAAGCCAGCACAGUGCAACAGCAGUCGGAUGCCGGGCCAAGUUGUCCAAGUCCACAGUCGAGGACAAAGCGGAGAUCUGUGCCUGUGCAGUCCAUAUGGCACAGGAAAUGCUGAGGUGGCUCCAGAGGUUUGCCCAGGGUGACAAUGGUGCAGAGAUGGAGGUGGCAGCUGCGGUCACCGAGAAGAGUGACACGUACACCCUUCGAGACAAUCCCAGCCUCAAAGCCAUUAUGGAUUCUUGUGCCGGUUCACGGCCUGUCGGCCACAGUGCUUCAGCACAGCUGGACGAGAAAGAGCAGCACAUCCAAGAAUCCAAGUUCAACUUGCUCAUGGAGGAACUCAGUCUGGAUGUGGAGACGUGGAAGGUUUACCAGUCUGCUGUCAUGAGCUGGCGGGUGAAAGUUGAGCACGAAGCCGCAUGUUGGAAGAAGAAGGUCUGGGAUGAAUCCUCGCAUGCUGUGCAGUCUUUCUUGGACAAGAAUGUCACUUUCCUGGUAUGGAGCAAGCAUCGUGAUGCAGCAGCCCUGCUGCUGACCCAGAUCUCCUCCGAGCGAAGCAAGAUGGAACAGCAGCUGCAAUUGCCAGCAACGGGACUGGUCCCCAUUGGCUUCUGCAACAUUUGCAGCUUGAGCAUGAUACCGUCUCAUCUUCAGAGUGCAGGCUUCAAAGUCUUGGGAAAUAUGGUGGCGACACACCCGCUCGCGCUCGGGAUGACGUUGGGCCCUGUCUUCGCUUACAAGCGCAACUCUGUCUUCAGCGAAGAAUACACGGUUUUGAAGCAGUUGACUUCAUUCGGAACCAUGGACGUAGACAAGAAGUACUACCUGGCCUUCUCGAAGCGAGCAGCCACCAGCAUGCAUGAAGAUGCCCGGGAUGAACGUCCCCUGCGGUACUCAGGCCACUUGAUCAGCUCAGCUGCUGCUGACAACCAUAAGUUCUGGAAGACUUCGGCUUUAUUCCAGACAGAGGAAGCAGCAGCAGGCCCUAUGAUGCAUUCUCGAGACAUGGUCACGAUUGAGACCCAGAACGACGAGGACCUCCCGGAUGCGGGCGAGGAGAGAGUUAAAGGUGCGGCCAAGUAUUGUCAGAUUGGCUCGUCGGCGGCCAAAGCCUUGUUUACGCAGUUGCCCAAAGAGAUGCCCACGGACAAGAAGAGCACUGCACCUGAUUUCCCGACGUUCCAGAGACUUGGAAGGAAGAAGGCGGGCUUUCCUGCUUGUACUGUUGGAGUCUGUGAGAGCCUUUCCCGCAGGUUGGGGACGAGUACCACCCCGCCAUCACCGAGGACACCAUCAAGAUGUACUACCAUCACAAUCUCUUUGGAGAGCGCUUCCGGGCGUUCCACGACAAUUUGUCAGACAUGCUGGGCAUCCCGAAGGGGGACUUGA